AUGGAGCGGAGCUUGUUGUCUUCUAGGCUCCUCCGAAUCAGUCCAAAACUGACUCUUUUAUCAGGAACCUCACAACGAGUUCGAGCAUUUGACGAAUUAUCUAGCAGAAUUGACUCUUGGCGAGUACAGCUUUCUGAAGUUUCUGCCAUCAGCAGUGGCUGCAUCUGUGGUGUUCUUAGCCAAAUGGAUUCUGAAUCAACCAAAUCACCCAUGGAAUCCAAGUCUAGAACAGUAUACAAAUUACAGUGUCUCCCAGCUAAAAGCUCCAGUACUUGCCUUAGAACAUCUAAGAUUGAACUCCUCAACUUGCCCUUUCAACGCCAUCUUUCACAAGUACAGACAACACAAGUUUGGAAGCGUGGCGACUUUAACCCCCACAAUACCAGUUCUCUCAGCUUUCCAAAACCAGACAGAUUCCUAAAUCCAGGGGUAUUUCAGACCUUUCCCAAACUAGACACACCUUCAAACCAACCGUGAUGAAAAAAAAAAAUAAAAAAAAAGAUGAGAACAGGUAAAUUAAAUAAUUGUGUCUUUUUUGUUUGGCUUAUGUGGGUAUUAUCAGGUAGUGGUGGUUUGUAAUUAAAGGAAAUGGGUAGUUUAUAACGGGAAACUCAGGCUUAAAUUGGUUGUUUGUUUGUUUGUUUGUUUGUUUGGGGGACACAACACACAGUAAACUGAGUGAUGGACAACCAAACAUCAUAUGAUUAAUUAUUAUUAUUAUUAUUAAAAGACAAUGAAUUUACUCCCUCCA